AUGACUCACUCUACGCGACGCGGAGCUCUUAUCGUCGUUGAAGGCUUGGAUCGCGCUGGCAAAUCGAGCCAGUGCGAAUGUCUACGCGACGCGCUACAGAAACAGGGCCAUUCGGUCAAGUACAUUCGAUUUCCAGAUCGAACGACAUCUAUCGGAAAGCUGAUCAACUCCUACCUCCGCGGCGAAUCGCAGCUAGACGACCACUCAAUCCACCUUCUGUUCUCUGCCAACCGCUGGGAAAUCGCAAGCACUAUUGAGGAGAAUAUAAACAAUGGUAUCACGAUCAUCGUAGACCGCUAUUCGUAUUCCGGUGUCGUCUAUACAGCUGCGAAAGCAAACCCCAACCUAUCCCUAGAAUGGGCAUGGCAACCGGAAAUCGGAUUACCACGACCGGAUCUCUGUCUCUUCCUUCGUAUAUCGCCAGAGGAAGCUGCAAAGCGCGGUGGGUUUGGCGCGGAGAGAUAUGAGAACCAGCCAAUGCAGAUUCGUGUGCGUGGGUUGUUCCAGGAUCUUUUCGAUCGUCAGCGGAGCGAGGAUAUUCAUAUCAUUGAUGCGGGGAGGGCCUUUGAUGAGGUUUAUCAGGAUAUCUUGAAGAUUGCGACGGACUCGGUUGCACGUGUGGACGUUGUCGGACCUCUAAGAAAACUUGGACCGAUUUCUCUUUGA